GUUGCAUUGCUACCACCUCCUUUGUGCAACUGCUCAUCGACGUCUGCGUCUCUGAACAUCGCUACAAAAGCUCUACACGCACUGGGCAGGACCCUCAAUCCGUGCACUGAAACACGAUGGCGAACGCAACACCGGAUAUCAACUCCAUUCUCAAGAUGCUAGGUGAUGCUACACAGCGACCGGCGGCGUCGACCCUGGCCCAGCCGCAUCCCGGUAUUUCUGCGCCGGCGCCAGUAUAUGCACCGCCAGGACAGAAUCCAUACCCACCGCAGCCCGCGUCAUACCAGGCUCCUCCUCCGGUCUAUGGAUACCCCCAGCCGUCGUCGACCGGAAAUAUCGAUCUAAGCGCAAUUCGGCCGGUCGACUCGGGCACUGUGCCAGUGCUUGCCGACGCAAUCGCCAAAGCAAAGGCAUUUGCGGCAGAAAAAGGUGUCGCGUCGUACGACCGGCCCAAUGCCGCCUACCCUGACCAGCGUCAGCCCGAUUCGAGAUACUACCAACGCUCGCGAUCCAAGAGCCCCAGAGGGCGCGAGGCGUUCCGAGACAACUUCAACCCAUAUCGAGACGAGCGGCGUGCCGACCAUGGCGCGCAGGGACGGGACUACGGCCGAGAGCGUUCCUAUUCUCCCGGUCGUGGUCGGCAGGGCUUCUCGCCACGCGGUUCACACGGCGGUGGUCGUGACCGCGAUCGGUCUCCUCUGAGAGGCAAGGAGGACAAUGUCGAGACGAUUGAUAUCGAAGCGAGUCUGGUCGGGCUUAUCAUCGGCCGCCAGGGCGAGAACCUCCGGCGGGUUGAAGGAGAGAGCCGCUGCCGUGUCCAGUUCCUCCCGCCGACGGGCCAGAACGACCAAUAUCGACUUUGCAGAAUUACCGGUCCGCGGGCACAACGCGAGGAGGCGAAAGAGAUGAUCAAUCGCAUCAUCCGCGACAGCGGCAUGCGGGGUGCUCCCCAAGGCGGGGGCGGCGAUCGUGGCCGCGACGGUGGUCGCGGUGCAGUUCCUCCCCCGGUCCCCAAAGAGGGUGAGGACAGCCUGCAGAUCAUGGUCCCCGAUAGAACCGUGGGCCUGAUCAUUGGCCGUGGUGGUGAGACGAUCCGCGACCUCCAGGAGCGGAGCGGUUGCCACAUCAACAUCGUCAGCGAGAACAAGAGCGUCAACGGGCUCCGCCCCGUCAACCUCAUCGGUUCUCCCGCCGCUGCCCGGCAUGCUAAGGAGCUGAUUCUCGAGAUUGUGGAUAGCGACAGCAGAAAUGGGAACAAUCCAGCUAACCCGCGCGGCGGCCGUGGGGACAACUUUGGCGGCGGUGGUGGCGGUGGUGGAGGAGGCCACGACAAGAUAAACGACUCGAUCUAUGUCCCUUCGGAUGCCGUCGGCAUGAUUAUUGGCAAGGGCGGCGAGACCAUCCGAGAGAUGCAAAACAUGACAGGUUGCAAGAUCAACGUGUCACAAUCAUCAGGACCAGGUGAAGUAGAACGCGAGAUCGGCCUGGUCGGCACCCGGGAUUCGAUCGAGCGGGCCAAACGCGCCAUUGAGGACAAGGUCGAUGCAGCGAAGCAGAAGUCUGGCGGUGGUGGUGGUCGUGGCCGUGGCCCGCCGCGUGAUUAUGAUAACUCGAGCUAUGCUAACAACAGCAGCGCCCCUCCGAACCUACCCGCCAGUAGCGCGGUUCCAGCUGCUGGUGGCACUGGAAACCAGGCUGAUCCCUACGCUCCAUAUGGUGGUUACGAGCAAUACAUUGCUCUUUGGUGGCAAUCCCAGCUUGCUGCGCAACAGGCCCAGGGCCAGGGAGGCGCAGGCCAGCCCCCCGGGACCUCGUAAAGUCGACAUGCUUCCAGGUUCGCUGAAGGGCUUGAUGCUGACCGCCCACUCGACUCGUUGAUGCGUCUUGACCUGCUACGCCCCCAUCUUCGAUGUUGGCCCUUGAUCUGGCGCCCUGCUUUGCAUGACGACACACUAUGAUACCAGGGCAUGGCAUAUUUGAUC